UAAUUAACCACCACCACCACCACCAUCGUCGUCCAGAAUCCCACCCAAAAAAUGGCGCACACGAAAACGAAACCUCGCCGACGAUCCCUCCCACCCUCCAAGACCACCCACAACAAACCCAAAUACUCCAUCAGUAAACCACCUCAUCCACCGUCCAAACCCAAGCGCAAACCCCAGCAACCCUCAAACCCAGCAUCCUCCAAGACCACCACCACCAACACCUCCUCCUCCUCCUCCUCCUCCUCCUCCCCCCCAACAAUCCCCUUCUCCCCACACGACGCCAUCCUCCUCCUCGGCGAAGGCGACUUCUCCUUCUCCCACACCCUCAUCUCCCAGCACGGCUGCGCCGACCUCACAGCAACAAGCUACGACAGCCGCGCCACCACCCUCCAGAAAUACGCCACCGCAGGCGCAAACACCGCCUACAUCACCGCCGAAGGCAGCCGCGUGCUCUUUUCCAUCGACGCCACGAAACUGCACACUUGCACCACCAACAGCGCUCUAAAAUCCCACGUACAGAACCGCGAGAUCGUAUGUACCGACGGCACGACGCGGCGCGGCACGGGGUACGACUACGUCGUGUUCAACUUCCCGCAUACGGGCGGGCUGUCGACGGAUGUGAACCGGCAGGUGCGUGCGAAUCAGGCGUUGCUGAGUGGGUUUUUCCGCGGGGUGAAGGGGUUGGUGCAUGGGGAGCGGGGGAGUGUACUUGUGACGCUGUUUGAGCGGGAGCCGUAUACGCUGUGGAAUGUGCGGGAUUUGGCGCGGAGUGAGGGGUGGCGGGUGCUGGGGAGUUGGGCGUUUGAUUGGGGGUGUUGGCGGGGGUAUGGGCAUGUUAGGACGGUGGGGGAUUUGGUGGGGAGGGAUGGGGAGGGGGCGAGUAAGGGCGGGGAAGAGGGAGAUGGGGAGAGAGGUGAUGUGGUGGGGGAUGGUGUGCAGGAGAGGAGAAAGCCUGGGGCGUGGUCGGGCAAUGACCGUGCAGCGAGAACGUAUUGUUUUGGGCUUCCUGGCUGGACGGGGACUGGGGAAGAGGGCAUCAUGAAGCUGCUCGGCGGCGCAAUGGUACCGCCCGGCCAAGGCAAAAAGCGGAAGAGGAAAGCGGGCGGAGAGAGUAGUGAUGAUGAUGAGUAGUAUCUGACAGAGGAGGACUGUAUACAACGCCACCCACACACAGUAUGACUGUUGCUGCUUGUACAUAACGAUAUACCCGCCAUUCAUAUAAUGGCAAAACCGAACCCUCCAACGCCACGCUAUCAAAUCCAGACUGACCUAACUCUCUCUCUUCCCCUGUGUAUUAUGAUAUAAAUACCUUCUUGACAUCUUCCUCACGACACAGCUUGUCGAGUUCUGUCGGAUCUCGAACCAUGCCCUUCUCUGUACCCAGUUUCUCGUUUGCUUGC